GUAGCUGCCCCUCGGGUGAGGAGCCCUUCAACAAGCCUUGGACCCAAAACUUAGCGAUGUUCCUCGGCGAGUCCAUGCUGCUGCUAGUUGUACUGUAUAGGCAGAGACACUACCAGUAUAGGAAUAACUCUGAUGGUAGUCCAAGACCAUCGAGGAAUACCCCACCGUACUUGUUCGCUCCACCUGCGGCUCUUGAUCUACUUGGUACUGGUUUAUCCGGAAUUGGAAUGAACUUUAUAACUGCCUCAGUGUGGCAAAUGAUGCGCGGCAGUAUUGUUGUUUUCACUGCUAUUCUAUCAGUUCUGUUACUUGGGCGUACGAUGCACCGUUCGAAGAUAUUCGCUGUAUGCUGUACGGUAGUAGGGCUCACCCUAGUGGGAAUCAGCUCGGUAUUGGACACUAGGUCUGCUGCUAGCACCAGCACUGGGGGAACAGCCUCCCUCGUAGGAAUCGGCUUUACCGUCCUUGGUCAGCUCUGUGGCGCUAUGCAGAUGAUAGCAGAGGAACGGUUGUUGAAGUCACGCCGUUGCCCGUCAUCCCUUGUUGUUGGGAUGGAGGGUCUAUGGGGCAUAGGGUCGAUGCUGGUAGUGCUUAGCAUCAUGUCGUGGUUACCAGGACGGGAUAAUGGCUCUUUUGAAAAUGCUAAGGAUUCGCUCUAUAAGCUUGAGAGCUCUUCUGCUAUCCUAACUCUGAUGGUUACAUACUUUUUAUCAAUAUCUGUGUUCAACCUGAGCGGCAUGACAGUUGCAAGACGAUUGUCCUCAAUUCAUAGGACUAUGCUGGAUUCCCUACGUACAAUGCUUGUGUGGCUCGCUCAGUUAUCGUUCUAUUACAUAGGCGGGAGCUCGCGAUACGGUAAAGCUCCGACUGUAUCCAACUCUC